UCGGGCCCUAUGAGGUCCAGGAGGAUUGCGGCGCCGCCGGAUAUCGCGUGCCCCUUUUCCGCAUAUCCGUCCCGAGGUUAUUUUCCCGCUCCAUAGGGUGGGAUCGGAUGAGGUGAGAUCAAUCAUAUGCCCGACUCGUCCCGGUCGGUGUGCCCACACAACGAACUCGUCACGUUCCAUUAGCCGGCUAUCCCGUGUGUACCUAUCCUCGGGGGACAUAGUGUGUGAGGCCGCUAUACCGGGGUUAAUGGCAGCCGGGACCGUGUGUCGGCAACAAGACCGAAGAACCUCUCUGAGACAAACCCAAACUUUUCCAGACCCGGCGAGGGAGGUUUGCUAUCUCCUCACCUUCUGUUGCGCACCACCAAGCCCGUUGCUCAGCACCACAGUCGUGUGCCAUGAAGGGCCUUCUCGUUUUCGGAUGGCUUCAUGGCCUCUGGCCAACGGUUGGAGCCGCCGUCUUCCGCGUUGCUAAUACCAGUGCCUCGCAUGCCGCUAACGGGUUACAACCAAAGAUCCGUCCACGCGAUGAUGACCCCAGCGACUUUGGCUGGGUCAAGCGAUGGGCUGCCGUUGGCGAUAGCUUCACCGCGGGAAUCGGAUCAGGGUCACCCCUAGGUAACUUUCUGACGGAGUCGCCCGAUGACAACACAUGGUAUUGCGCCCGAUAUGACACCUCCUACCCGAUGAUCAUCAACGAUGCUCUCGGGGGCUCGGUAGAGGACUUCCAGUUCGUCGCCUGCAGUGGCGACAGAACUGGCGGCAUCUACAAGCAGAUCCAGGAGCUGGAGGGAGACCUGGAUCUCGUCGUCAUGACAGCUGGAGGAAACGAUCUCUGCCUGGCGUCAAUGAUUGAAAAGUGCGUCUUCAGACCGUUCGAUGGUGAAGAGGCCUGCACGGAUGUCAUUGCCAUCGCAGAAGACAACUUGGACAGCAUCCUCAAGCCGAAUCUGGAACAACUUCUUGAUGCCUUGGAAGACAAAAUGAACGAUGAUAGCAUCGUAGUUUUCAACGGCUACGCCCAAUUCUUCAACACCGAGAACGAUGACUGCGAAACCGAGCAAGACUGGACUCUGUUUAACCUUCUCGGGAGCGAUGGACUAAAGCUCACGGUUGACCGCCGCAAGACGUUCAACAGUCUCGUUGUCAAGAUCAACGACCUCAUCAAGGGUGUGGUCGACGACGCCAAAGACAAGUACAAGUACAAAAUUGGCUUCUCCAACUGGGAUCUGUGGCCCAGAAAGGGGGGUGAAUACCCGGAUCCGAAGCAGCCAGACCUCCAGUUCUUCAAGCCGGAUACGAGAAAGGGCGGGAGCGAGCUGAAGCGUAGAGAUGCCCUGUACAACAUCCACAGCAACGAAACGCUCUGGACUGCAGAGAUCGUCGAGCGAGAACGCCAUCGCCGCGCGCUGGAGGAUAUCUACAACUCUCUCCUCUACCACUCGGCCAACCCCCAAGCCGAGGCGAGACAUCUACUCGACCGUAGAAACCCCAGUCCACCCAAGUGCCCAGGCGACAAAGACGUCGAGAUCCAGCCGCCCAGCAUCGGGCUACCCAACUCCAUCGCUAAGAACUUCCACCCUAACGAGCUGGGCCACUACACCAUCGCGUCCUGGGCGCUGCAGACGCUGAUCGACCUCCGCGCCGAGGUCCUGGACGUCACGGCGCCGUCGUGCGAGCCGGUCGACAAGUUCACGUGCUGGCAAAAGGAAGGGUGGAAGGCGUACGCCAACGAGCCGUUCCUCAACGACCAGAAGGACGACUUCUGCGACGGGGUGGACGAGGGCGACGAGGUCAACGGGUGGUCGCACUCGGAGACGUACGGCCAGGACACGCCGGACGAGACCGAGUUCAAGGUGACGCUCAACAAGGGCGGCAUCGGCAGCGGCGACUUCAGCAAGUCCGAGUGCAAGGACAGCAUCGGCAGCCUCAUCAACGACUGCGACGGCAACGACCCGGACAACCCGAUGGACUGGAAGUUCGGCGGCGAGUGGCAGCGCGGCCGCUUCACCUACCAGGUCAACCCCAAGCGCGACAACCGGCCGUUCCCGCCGCCUAAGGAGGCUUGGGGCAGCUGCAAGGGGUGGUACCACGGCGUCUGGAGCAGCUACGUCAUCAAGGGCAAGGGAUGGGCGUCCAAUGACUGGGGACAGGACACGCUGGAGCCCAAGGCUCGGAGCUGUAUCGGCGGUGGGCUGACCAUGUGGAGGUUCAAGUACUUUGAUGAGCCGGAUGAGGAUGGCAACGAGUGGCAGGCUGACUUCAACACGCCCAUCUGGGUGCGGUCGCGGUGCUUCAAGAAUAAUAAGGCGGUGCGGGAGGCUGGCGGGUACACCGACGGCUGUGGCGGCAAUGAUUAA